AUGCAUGGCCUAAAGCUGUAUUUGGUAACGCACCAUUGGAGCCGGGGAAACAGGGUAUUUGGAAGUAAUCUAUCCAAGAUCCCCUCUCGAACGGAGUUUACGAACAUCGUUUGCACGUCCUUGGACAAGAAAUUCUGCAACUUUGAAUAUUGUCAUCUAAAAUCGGUUAACAGGAGCUAUAAAUACUUUUCGGUGAAGAUGCGGCUCUUGAAAAUUCCCGUAACCAAAGUAAAAAUAAACCUUGGAUUGUAUCAACGCUUCAGUGGUUAUAGGCCAUUCCUCUAUGAUGUCACAAUAGACGCCUGCAGAUUUCUGAAAAAUGAGACAUACAAUCCUGUCGCCAAUUACUUUUACGAAUUAAUCAGAGACCACUCCAACAUGAAUCACACAUGUCCCUUCGAUCACGAUCUUAUAGUGGAAAAGGUUACCACUGAGUUUAUGAAUCAUCGACCUAAGAAUGUUCUACCCUUUGCCAAAGGAGAUUAUCUUAUGGAGGUGAACUGGAUUGGCUACGAUAUAAAUCGGGCUCUUACAAAAUUAUAUUUUACUCUUUCAUAA